CUUUCGCCGUACCUCGUUCAGGAAGUCAGUAGGUUUCAUUCAUUGUAUGGGUUUAUUCCGAGGUUCGUUUGAAAAUGCGUCGGAAACCUGAAUCUCAGUCAGCAAGCAGCGACCCUGACAGCGCUAAUAGAAAGGAACAGAGAGCGCACAGGCAAGCUGAAGCCACAGGCCGGGUGUCCUACAGCUCCGUUCUCAUCAACUUUGGAAAGUGUCUACUUCUGAUCGUGAUCGUUCCUCCGUUCCUCAACUAUGCAUCGCUGCAAAGAGAAGGACAGAUGCUCCUGCCAAAGGAUGGCCAGAUGGUUGAUGUUGGUUUGGGUCAAAAGAUGCAUCUUUUGUGCAAAGGACGAGGAAAACCAGCUGUUAUUCUGGAUGCACCAGCAGGAAUGUCCUCAGACAUCUGGCUCCAUGUCCAAGAGACAGUUUCCUCCCUGACAAAGGUCUGUACAUAUGACAGGAUGGGACUGGGAUUCAGCAAGCGGCUGAUGCAAAAUGAAACAACAGGAACAGAGAAAGUCUGGGGAGCGUCCACAACUGGACGGAUGGUGGAUGAUCUGCAUCGACUCCUUCAGGCUGCAGAGAUAGCCCCCCCCUUCAUACUCGUUGGCUCAGAGCUCGGAGCGCUCAACAGCCGGUUCUACAGCCACAUUCAUGAUGUGCAAGUUUCAGACCUGGUGAUGAUAGAUCCCAUCCCAGAGGAUAUUUUCGAAGAAGACCAAUGGAAGGAGUACUGGUAUGGGAAGCUGCUGCCUUUGCUCCAAGCCCGGCAGUUUUCAGCAGCCACAGGGCUGAGCCGCAUGCUGAUCAUUCUGGGUGCGAUUGAGCCAACGCUAAAAGGAGAAAAUCUCUCAGAGGAGGUCAUCCAGCGUCAGAAGUACCUUCUUAGUAACCCUGCCCACCAAAGCGGUGCUGUGGAUGAGCAUUACUUUAUGAAUGAAAGCGCCGCUCAAAUCAGAGAUAUAACAAGGUUCAAACCCCUCUCCACCAAGAUAUCCGUGAGCAUGCUCACUGGGGAUUGUUUUGAUGAGGAAAUGUCAGAACACCUAAACCGGAUGGUAGCCGAACAUCAAAAGAGGUUUCUGAAGGAAUCCUACCCAUCAGCCAAUCACAUUCAGAUGAAAGGAGCGGACCGGCGAAUGAUCUACAACAAGCCAUCUGCCAUCAGCCAGCACCUGUGGAAACUCGUCAGCCAGCGACAAGCCAGACCACAGAGCGAGUGACCUGUGGCCAGAAAGGAAGGGAUGCCUCAGAUACGGGCCGAGUAUUGCCCGAAUAUGUUUUAAAUAUUCAAUAAAUCAUUCUGCUUAUCAUUUUA